AUGCUUUUUCUUUUCUCCACAAUUUUCUUUCGUUUUAUUCAUUUAUUCUAUUGGGUGGAAGCAGAAAAAAAGAAUUGUUCCAGGAGAUGGAGAAGGAUGUUAAAUUGUCUUCCACUGACGUUCAUUUUCUUUUCUCGUUUUGAAGAAACGAUUCAUUUGCACGGAAUUGUUGAGACUGCAAAUAAUGCAGGCUACAUUUUCCUUUUCGUGCUAUCAUCUUCUUUUCUAUCUAAUCUCUAUAUCCUCAGUUUCUUUUUCAUCUAUCUAUUUUCCUUUUCUAUCUAUUUUAUCUAUCUAUCUAUCUAUCUAUCUAUCUAUCUCUAUCUAUCUAGUCUGUACAUUAUCAUCUAUCUAUCUAUCUAUCUAUCUAUCUCAGUCUGUACAUUAUCUAUCUAUCUAUCUAUCUAUCUAUCAUCUAUCUAUCUAUCUAUCUAUAUCUCAGUCUGUGCAUUAUCUAUCGAUCUAUCUAUCUAUCAAGAGAAUAAAGAUUUCUCAUUUUCAAAAAACCUUUAA